AGCGGGAUCCGUUAUUAUAAGGUAUCUGGUGUUCUUCAAACCUAACACAAAUGUGACAGAAAAUGGUAACUCAUUAUUUGAAAAUUUGGAGAAUACGCUGAAUAGAACAAGUAAUGGUGCGUUCCUGGGACCAUAUAGCAUCAAUACUUCACGAUUUAGACAAGCUGCAGGUAAUAUUUUUAUAACGUGUUGUGUUGUGUUGUGUUGUGUUCGAAUGCAUAUUAGCGAGGUUCAGAUUUGACUUUUACCACAGUUACCGCUACCAUUCAGGGUCAUUAACCAAUCAGGUGCGUUUGAGAUAUCCGAUUAACCAAUCAGAUGCGUACUAAGACCUACUAAGCCAAUGGGAGGUAGUGGCAGUGGAAGUCACAUUUGAACCUCUCCGAUAUUCUGCACAGAACAAAACCUGGAUUUGUAUAUACAGUAGAAAAUGUUUUAAAUUUUAAUGCUCGUUCUUUUAGAUUACGAUGAAUGCAACCCUUCAAAUCUGAUCCAUAUACCAGAUUGUCAUGAGAACGCGAACUGUACAAAUGUCUUAAGUACCUACACCUGUGUUUGCAAAGAAGGUUAUUAUGGAAAUGGAGCCACGUGUACAGGUAAUCCAAACCCCGAACAAACUAAGAAGCAUUGUUGUUGAAACCUUUAAAAAUUACAAUGUUUCCUACAAUCAUUCCAACCUCAUUUGAAGAUUCCGUUGACGUUUGCCCCGUUCUGGUAACCCUUCGAAGCUUCUUUACAAAAGGCUUUCAACGAUCGUCGGUGGACACAAAAAGAGUUGAGCAUUAGAAAGGAUUCGAUUGUCGUAAAGAAAAGAUCCUGAUUUUCUGAUACUAAACGGUAAUUUCAUAUUGUAACCACAUUUUUUUAUUUUUUAUUUAGCCGUUCCGAUUACGCAAGAACCGAAUCCAACAAAAGGUGAGCACAGACGUGGUUAAAGUGCUGUAUAUCUGAUUUAUUACAAGUGCUAGUCUUUUUAUUUUUAUUAAUAAUAAUUUGCAAGGAAAAUUAGAUCACUAUCACCACUAUCGUCAUCAUUGUCACUAUCAUCAUCACCAUCAUUAUCAUCACUAUCUUCAUCGUCAUUAUAUAUCACUAUCAUUAUCAUCAUCAUAAUCAUCGUCACUAUCAUCACCAUCAUUAUCAUCACUAUCGUCAUUAUAUAUCACCAUCAUUAUCAUCACCAUAAUUAUCGUCAUCAUCGUCACUAUCAUCAUCAUCAUUAUCAUCACUAUCGUCAUUAUAUAUCACCAUCAUUAUCAUCACCAUAAUUAUCGUCAUCGUCGUCACUAUCAUCACCAUCAUUAUCAUCACUAUCGUCAUUAUAUAUCACCAUCAUUAUCAUCACCAUAAUUAUCGUCAUCAUCGUCACUAUCAUCAUCAUCAUUAUCAUCACUAUCGUCAUUAUAUAUCACCAUCAUUAUCAUCACCAUAAUUAUCGUCAUCGUCACUAACAUCACCAUCAUUAUCAUCACUAUCGUCAUCGUCAUUAUAUAUCAUCAUCAUUAUCAUCACCAUAGUUAUCGUCAUCAUCGUCACUAUCAUCACCAUUAUUAUCAUCACUGUCGUCAUCGUCAUUAUAUAUCACCAUCAUUAUCAUCACCGUAAUUAUCGUCAUCAUCAUAGCUAUCUUUAUAACUUUAUUAACGCGUCAAACCUUCUAGCAAUUCACCAAUUAGACUUUCGCAAAGUCCUUCGUCUUUACUUCAAACCGAAAGAAUUUUCGAGGAAGUACUUUACAAAAGAGUAAGGACUUUUCCAAUUUGUAGCAUAUUUUACCGACCCAAAAACGAGUCGGUAAUGCUGAUCUAUAUAUAAUACGUGAUCGAUUCGUUGAUGAUCUCUUCGUUGAUGAUCUCUCGGGAAACGUAAUAAGCAAAAUGUCAAUUAAAGUGUCGUACUCGGUUAUUAUUUCAUAUUUUAAUACCUAUAAUUAGAAGUUUCGUGUUUAAAACUUUACAUAAUGUAAAUAUGCAAUCUCGUACCGCAGGCCUUAAAAUAUCAUUUAAAGGGCCGUCUGACAAAAUGUCCGAUGACGUUGAGUUUGGGUCGGACAUAUGUCCGAUGACCUUCAGUUCAGUUUUGACUCGGAAAUAAGUCUGAAUGACACAAAUGAAUAUCAGCACAAUGUAUUAAUUCUGAACGGUAAAUGCUGUGAAGAUAUUAAGUAAUGUGUUUCUUUCAUACUUAUUUCCAAGCCAAAAUUAAGUUGCUUUCCAGAACAACAGUAUUAAAAAGACUUAAGCCCGUUUUCCACUUCACCAUUUCGCUCGCCACCCCGCGCUCGACUACGUUAAAACAAUAUCUCCAGUUCACCUUCUAUACAAUAGUAUUCUGAUUUUCCAUUUAACAUAUACAAGCCUCUAGUCCUGGACUAGGAUACAUUUUGAUUUACGAUGGACAAAGCUACAGUUCGGUCGGACACAAAUACACUUAGGUCAGACAAACAAUAAACCUCAGUUUCACUUAGGUCGGACAGAAUGUCCGGUGGUUUCCUCUCUACGUCGGACAAUUUCACGAAUGGGUCGGACAAUGUCCGUGACCGACCGAUAUUUUCGUUGAACGAUGGCUCUGGGUACGAGAUUGGUAAAUAUGCAGAAGGCUGUUGGAAAAGCAAGCCAGUCUGCUGGCUACUCAGAAUUAAAAGAUUAUUAAUGACAGACGCUUGAAGUCUUUUUCGUUUCGGCGCCGACAGGAACUUGAAAAUGUAUAACAUGACUUAACCUGCUAACGUCCCGAUGUAUAUAUUGUAGUCGCCCCAUUGAUUACGCACUUAUUCAUGUAUUAAUAUAGAUGAGGAGCAGCCGAAAUAAAUCUGUACUCAGGCAUACUCUAUUAGCAAACUCUCGCCCUGUGUUAAUAUUCUUCUGCAGUUUUGGCGCGAAACGCAAAUGAAAAACAUGCUAGCGAGACAAGUCGACCUCCCGCUUGCGACUUCGUCGAGGGUCCGACUUGAGUCACGGCUGGUAAUCGAGCCUACUUGUCGCUCGCAGCUCGCUCUCGUCUUGUUUUGCUUUUGCUCGGUGGAGGUCGACUUGGAGCAAGUCUAUUCACCAAUAUGAAAUUACUAAAUUGAGGAAAUUAAAUAUACUUGAAUAUGGAUUACUCUGGAUAAGGAAAUAUCUAACUUCAUUACGUUAUGUUUUCCAGAUGACCUUUGGUGGCUGGUCUAUGCUAUCGUAUUCGGUAUCGCUUUCUUGAUUAUUGCCAUGAUCAUCCUGUUCUUAUGCUGCUUAGAAAAUGCCGAGGAAAACAAGUAUGUUAAUUUGUUUGAGGAUACCAAUAGAUGUGAUGCCGAGGCAGUUCCUCUAUAAAUUCUAUAUCCAUCCACAACUCUUCAAAACAUUUAACGAUGCUUCAAAACUGCCACAUUUUUUACCAGAUUUCGGAAACAUACUUUAAUUUGUACAAUUUGACGAAAUAUUUCGUUUGCUCAUACCAGAUACAUGAAACCGGAGGAAUACGGAUAACCGUACGAAUUACCGUAUGAUCAAGUGGAACCGAACGAAUUUGUGUACGGUACUGCGGUUCCGAAUUCCUCUGGUCUCGUGUUAACGAAAUCUGAAACGUUGUCGUAGAACCAAAUUGAUCAACAUGUUCUUCUCUGAAAAGGCAAGAAAGGGCCUUCGCUGAUAACCUCACAAAUACGUCACGUGACUGGAUGAAAUUGAGAAUAGUGGGAUUUUGAAAACAAUGAAAGGAUUAUGCUAAGUGUUAUCCAAGGUCCUCAAUAGGUCGGAAUUACAGUCCCUCGUCAUAUGACUGGACAAAUUGAUUCCAAUUUUUUAUUCUACUGUAGGUACAUGGUGGAGAAUACAACUCUGGUCAGUGAUAGAAAUAGAUAUUUCUUUAAUAAUGAAUCUGUGGGUAUCGUGAACCCAGAUAUAGAGAUGUCUCCAACAGGCAAUGGUGCACGCGAACAUGCUGUAUACACAACCAGCCCAGCUCAUUCGAGAAUGGAAUCUUACAAAGUCAAUCCAAUGUUCCAUGAAACUAAAUCUCAUACUGAGCAAUCAAGCAUGGGUGGAAAGAGCAGCAUUAGUAAUGGACAAGAAGUAAGUUACUUAGAGCUAUAUAGCGGGUAGUGUAUCACUCCAAAGUAUCUCGUGCGCUUCUCGGAAAUGUAUAAAACACUCUUUACACGUUCCCUAAAACUCACAACUUGCUGAUUUUUAAAGAAUUAUUCUUGACAAAUAUGAAUUCCCCAAGCACAGUCUCGUACCCAGAGCAUGCCCGUUCGCAGGUUAGAGUUGGGCAAACGAGAUUGCAACAGAUCACUAUCACUUGACCUUAAUAAGAAAUAUAACAUGACGCUUCCAACAUGCACGCUACAAAUUCCAUCAAAAUCCCGUAAUACCAUAAAUCAUAAUAUUUCUAAAACCGUCUCAAGAGACCUCUGAAAGGUUUAAAGGUCUUUAAAAAAUAUCUGGGAAAAUCUGAACAUGGUGAGCUUGAACAAGUUUUUUAAUCCCUAUAUUAGAGGCCUUACUAUUUGGACGGCAACGGCUACCAAUACAAUAAAGAAUUGAAAAAUUACAAUAUAUGAAUAAUAAAAUAACAACGCCAAAUCACAGAUUUUCAUGUCAUGAUAGAACGGCUGCAUUUCAAGCCACAACAAGUGCAACUUCAAACUGGGUUCAGUGGAACUCUUCCCAACCAUAAAAGCUAUGUCUUCAACUUCUAAGACGGUAUUACAUUCAUACGAUUAAUAAUAUACGACGAAUUAUCUUUACUACGAUUUAUUUGGAGUUUUUUGGCCGUCGUCGGCGUUGCCGUCCUAAAAUCGUAAGGUCUCUAUUCUGUGUUUUUAACUUGUAAUGUCAUUUUGAAAAACCCAUUGUAGUAAGUUAUGUUGUCUCUCUGGCUCACAUCAAUAUAUUGUUUUAUAGGGUUAUGUAGCACUUUGA